GAUCGCCAUGCAACGAAUUAUUAACAAAGAAAUAUGCUUCAUGACUGGAACAGGAAAUAACUUCCGCUUGAUUUCUAUACAAACUAUUGUAGAAGAAAGUGAUGAAAAUCUUAGUCAAAGCUUGCUAGGUUUCCAUGCCUUUACUGGAUGUGACACCACCAGUUCUUUUUAUGGAAAGGGCAAAAAGACAGCGUGGAACAUUCUUCUACGUAACCACAAAUAUUUGAACUCAUUUAGUUCCUUAGGAAGUGCAUUUCCCCCGUCAGAAGAACUUGUGUUUCAACUAAAUAGAUUUGUUUGUUUAUUGUACGGUGACAAGGAUUCUGAGGACGUCAACAAAUGUCGGCUCUCAUUGUUCAAGGCAGGAAAAUGUUCAGAUGAGCAACUACCACCAACUUGUGACAGUUUGCUGCAACAUAUUCGUCGGUCAAACUACCAAGCGGCGAUUUGGCGUUCCUGUUUACAACCUCAAAUGGAUAUUCCUCCUCCGGAUGAAAAUGGGUGGAAAACAAUUGACGGGAAACUGCAAAUCGUAUGGAUGACCAUUCCCCCAGCGCCGGAUUCCCUACUUGAUAAUGUUAAUUGUGGAUGUAAGACUGGCUGCAACUCACAACGUUGUUCAUGUAAUAAAGCAGGAGUGAAGUGCACAGAUGUAUGCUCUUGUACUGCAUGCACGAACGUCGAUAUUGAUGACAACGAUGUUGAGGAAGAGGAGUUUUUAGACGAUGACAUGGACGACGAAUUCGAGGCAGACCUUUAGAAAAAGCGCGCGCUUGUCAUCGCCCUUGAAUGACGACUAGCGUUGCGUUUAAUCUGUGCGCAGCUUCAGACUACUCUGUCGACUGUAUCGAGGGUAGCAUAUGAAAUAAUACCAGAAGCUCACCAACUGAAGAAUGAAUUUCUUUUUUUUCUGUUUUUUUUAACAAUGCAAUAAAAUUUUCCAGUAAUGAAAA